AUGUCUGCUACCCCCCAAAAUCAUGGUCAGCCAUUUGUGGCUCAGGAACAAACAUUUAACCAAGGUCAAACACAUGUGGUACCUGAGGAACCUCAAUAUCAAAACGAAGUUAAUCAAGCACCACAAGUAGUGUUAGUAAAUCGAAAUCAGGAUGCUGAUGAGAUAGUUCGAAAUGUCCAAAAUAAUAAUUUUGCUGGACAUAAUAAUUUAACAAAUUUGGUUGAGACAAUUUUGACUCAGAAUGGCCUUAAUUUGGGCUAUCGAAGGCCAAAUUUUGUCUCUGCUUUGUCUGAGUAUGUGUUACAAACUGAGUUACCAAGGGGUUGGAAAGUCCCUAAAUAUACUAAGUUUGCUGGAGAUACCAGUGAGUCUACAGUCGAACACAUUGCUAGGUUCUUAGCUGAGUCUGGUAAUUUGGCAAACAAUGAGAAUUUAAGAAUGAAAUAUUUUCCUAAUUCUCUAACUAAAAAUGCCUUUACAUGGUUUACAACUUUGCCACCUAAUUCGAUUCAUACUUGGACACAACUUGAAAGAUUGUUCCAUGAGCAAUUUUACAUGGGCCAAACUAAGAUAAGUCUCAAGGAAUUGGCCAGUGUCAAGCGUAAAACACAAGAGUCUAUUGAUGAUUAUUUGAAUAGAUUUAGAUUGCUUAAAGCUAGGUGUUUUACUCAAGUACCUGAACAUGAACUUGUCGAAAUAGCUGCUGGUGGCUUAGAUUAUUCGAUUAGAAAGAAAUUAGAUACUCAAUACUUAAGAGAUAUGUCUCAAUUGGCUGAUAGAGUUCGACAACUCGAAAAGCUAAAAGCUGAAAAGUUUAGGAAUUCAAAGUUUCAGAAAAAGAAAGAAAGGAACCUCUUGGCUUUGGUUAAACCAUGGAAGCAGUGCAGUGCAGUGGUAGUAUAG